GGAGGAUCUCAAAGAGCAAUCGGAGAGAAAUUCGGAGUCAAUGCAGUCAAUGGGACCAUGUCAUUAUCCAUUCCGAUAACGACUUCUCCAGGUCGUUCAGGAACUGGCGCAUCAUUGGCACUUACAUAUGACUCUGGUAACGGAAAUGGUCCCUUUGGCUUUGGAUGGCAACUCUCAGCAGGAAGUAUCUCUCGGAAGACGUCCACUGGAGUUCCGCUCUACAGCGAUGAGGAUGUUUUUCAGAUGUCGGAUGCGGAGGACUUGGUGCCAGCGCUACGCGAUGCAACGAUAAACGAACCAGCAUCUGGAGAUCAAGCAAUGUUUGACGAGCGCACUGUGGGUGAUUAUGCUAUUCGUCGAUACCGGCCUCGGGUCGAGGGAGGUGUGACUAGAAUCGAAAGAUGGCUAAACACGAAGGAUGCAGGCGACAUUUAUUGGCGCACAAUUUCAGCGACUGGGGCGACGACCAUUUAUGGUCGCAAUGAAGAAUCGCAAAUCUUCCAUGGAAACGGAGGUUCGAAACGAAUCUUCUCAUGGCUAGCCUGCGAGACCUACGACCUUCAAGGCAAUCGCAGCAUUCUGACUUACAAAGCCGAUGAUUCGUCCGGACUCGAUUUGACGCUUGCUUGCGAGCAGCAUCGAGAUGCAACGGCACGUUCAACGAACAAGUACAUGAAGAGCAUCAAAUAUGGAAAUCGAACGCCGAAUCGAGAUCUCAAGACUUGGGAGGUACUUCCUCCCUCGACCGCUUCAUCAGACCAAUGGUUGUUCGAGGUGGUGUUUGACUAUGGAGAAUAUGAUGCUUCGACACCAACCACACACGAAGUCGGCAUCUGGAAAUCGAGGAACGACCCAUUCUCUUCUUACAAGAGUGGAUUUGAGAUUAGAAGCAAUCGCCUGUGCCGGAGAGUAUUGAUGUUUCAUCACAUUCCUGAGAAGCUUGACGUGGAUGAUUGUUUGGUUUCGGCAGUGAUUCUCGAUUAUGAAGAGUCGCCUGCAUUCACGCUUCUCAAGUCGGUAACGGAAUCGGGGUACAUGCCAGAUAGUAAAGGUAGCUAUUUGAGUGAAAGCUUGCCUCCGGUAGAGCUCAAGUACACACAGAUGGCCCAACUGAACGAUCUGCCGUUGUCGGAGAUAGACGCCUCAUCGGUACUCAACCUACCUCAUCAGAAUGAUCCAAAGUCUCAGUGGCUGGACCUAGAUGGAGAGGGUGCGCCAGGAAUCCUCGCCAUGAUACCAGGCAAUGGCUGGUAUUAUCAAAGAAACGAAUGUUCUGGCUUCCUUCCCGACUCGAAGAAAUGUUUUGGUCCCCCCAGACAAAUACCGAUCUUGCCGAAUGCCGGCCUGGAAGAUGGUCAAUUCUUCUUUGAAGAUCUUGAUCAUGACGGACGGCUGGAUUUUGUCGUCUUGGACUCGUCUGGUAACAUGCGUGGGUAUUUUGAGCGUACCGAAGAUGAUGAUUGGACAAACUUCGUUCCAUUUGCUACUUUGCCGACGCUGGACUUGAACAAUCGAGUCCUCAGACGGGUCGAUCUAACCGGCAGUGGAAACGCAGAUAUUGUCCAGAGCAUUGAUGAGAACGGGGAGGUAGCAUGGUAUCCUUCUCUCAAGUCAGAAGGAUUUGGGCCGCAACGACAAACAAUGAACAGCGCAGAGAAGCCAAGUUUACAGACUGGAGAUGAGCAAGAAAGCUUUUCCCUUGCUGAUAUGUCUGGAGACGGCUUGUCGGACAUUGUGAGAAUCCGCAAUGGUGACAUCUCUUAUUGGCCAAAUAUGGGUUAUGGAAAGUUUGGGAGCCUGGUGAGGAUGGAUAAGUCGCCUUACAUGGAUCAUUCGGAUCAAUUCUCCGUAGAUCGGUUACGGCUGCUCGACGUUGAUGGUUCUGGAACUACAGAUUUGAUCUAUCUCCCAGCUGGUGGCACUGCACAUGUCUACUUCAACCUGGCGGGAAAUGGCUGGAGCGAGGUUCAGACUGUUUCAACAUUCCCCCAACUUGACCAGCUGUCUGCUGUGAGUGCCGUUGACCUAUUAGGCAAUGGUACAGGCUGCUUGUGUUGGGUAGCUCCAGACGAGUUUGGGACAACAGGUCUCCGCUAUGUUGACCUGACGGGCGGAUCGAAAUCACACUUGCUGUCCGCUUACUCGAAUGGCUUUGGGAUGGAAACAACUGUCAGUUAUUGCCCUUCUACCAAAUACUACCACGACGAUGAACGUCGAGGAAUACCCUGGCAGACUCGAUUACCAUUCCCGAUCCAUUGUGUGGACCGAGUAGUCAUACAUGAUAGAAUCGCGCAAGCUUCAAUUUCGACGAGAUAUGCGUAUCACGAUGGCUUCUAUGACGGUUUUGAGAAGGAAUUUCGGGGCUUCGCAAUGGUCGAGCAGUGGGAUGCCGAGGACUUUGCAGAAUCAGUGGGCAAUCGUGUUAGAUACCAGCAACCUCCCGUCCACCGAAGGAGUUGGUUUCACACUGGUGCUUUUCAGCAGACGACCUCUUUGCUGGAUAUCUUCGGAUCUCAACAGCUUUCAGCUUCAAAGCUUCCAGAGAAUAUGUCAACAUCGGAUUUUAGAGAAGCUCAUAGGGCUCUCAAGGGGUCGCUGUUGAGGGAGGAGCUCUUCAGCGAUGAUCAGUCUCCGAAAGCUGGACGGCCAUUCGUUGUCUCGGAAUCGAAUUACGAAGUCAAGAUGCGCCAAAAGCGCACAAACGACCUGCACGGAGUUUUCACUGUCGUCGGUCGAGAGACGAUAACAUGCAAUUACGAACGAAUGAUGGAUGAUCCUCGCAUCCAACACACCUUCACUCUCGAAGUCGAUCGAUUUGGAAACACUGUCAAAUCUGCAUCAGUCAGCUAUGGUCGCCUUCAGAGCCCUCUUUCCGACCCACGGGAUAGGGCCAAACAACAAGAGAGCAUAGUAAAUUAUUCGGAAACCGACUAUACAAAUGCCAUUGAGGACGCCGAUUACUUUUGUGGGCCAUCCACUGCAGGGUCACGCACAGAUGAGAUUGCUUCCGAGCCGGAGCCAAAAAUCGACCCAACAAGGAAGCAGAAGUUGCUGCUGACAGACUCUCGCUCCUACUAUCGCACAUCCAACCUGUCUGGAAGACUCGACUAUGGGAUCAUCCAGAAGUUUUCCGUGCUUGAUCAGAGCUUUCAAUUGGCUUCUACUGAAUCCUUGCUAAAGGGAUUGCUCACAAGAGGCACAGAAUUGCUCAUGCCUGCUUCUGACCUAGUUGGAACACUGAAGGCUGCCGGAUACGUGGAUCUAGACUCCAGUGGCAAUUCGUGGGUUCCCUCGUCUCGCUCUUUGUUCAGUCGAGAUGGAGUCAACGAACUUAAUGAAGCCCGAAAGAACUUCUAUCAGACAACCACAGUUCUAGAUCCAUUCGCCAAUCCAGCACACGAAAACUUAGAUGAGUUGAAGCUCCUUCCGAUAAGUCGGACUGAUAGUCUGGGUAACAAGACAGAAUUCUCGAACGAUUAUGUUGCUCUCCAAGCUUCACUCACUACUGAUCCAAAUGGCAACCGAAAAAAAGUCGUGUUUUCCCCAUUGGCUGGAAUCGCUGCAUCCGCUGUCAUGGGCAAGGACACGGAACGGCUGGGCGAUUCAGUCGAUGGACUUACGCCUGUGCUGUCGACAGAUCAGUUGGAUCAAUUCAUCAAAGAUCCGCUAGGACCAUUGACCAAGCAGCUACUGGGCAAUGCGGGCUCUCGCAAGAUUUCCGACACGCAUCGGUAUGGCAGAACGGGCACUGGCGGAAUUCAAGUACCUUGUUUCGAGGCCGUGAUAUCUCGUGACGUACAUUUUGGGUCGACAAACCCGCCGGCUAGCGAAGCAAAGAUAUUAGUGACGAUCACAUACAUGAAUGGCCAUGGCAGUCCAUUCCAAGUUGUUGAAUUGGCAGAUCAGAGCAGUGGUGGUGCCCAAUGGAGAUUCAAUGGGUGGGUCAUACACGACAACAAAGGGCAACCAGUCAAGCAAUUCAGCCCAUUCUUCUCCAACACGCACGACUUUCGAUUCCAGUCAGAUGACGGUAGCCAGGUAGCUCAAGCUACCUUUCUGCGUGAUUCCAUCGGUCGGGUGAUUGGAACAUUGAAUGCCGACCAUUCUUGGAGCAAGAUACGCUUUGAUGCAUGGUCACAGACUACUUUUGACGCCGGGAACACCGUUCUCAUCAAUGAUCCUAUGCAAGAUCCUGACAUAGGGCCUAGCUUCAAAGGCCUGGAGUCUAGCUCUUAUCUACCUUCAUGGUUUGAUGCCCAUGUGAAGGGUGAUAAAUGGGGUCAGGAUGCGGCAACGAAGUCUUCCAGGUACAACGACCUCCCGACGACCGCGCACUUAGACGUGGCCGGCAGAACAUUCUUGUCAAUAGCUCAAAACAGCUCUCAAGAGCUCCACAGUCGAUCUGAAUUCGAUCUCUACGGCAGAUUGGCAGGUGUCUGGGAUCCUCUCGAUCGACUAGUUGUUCUAGGAUGGGACGCCAGGAACAUGCGGACUCGGACGACAUAUGACUCGCUUGGCAGGCCAACAGGGGAGUACUUGAAGCUGGGCUCUGCGUCUGAGAUUCUGGUUGGCAAGACAAUCUAUGGCGAAUCGAUCUCGGACGCGGCUGCACGCAAUCUGAGCGGGCAAGUCGUCAAAUCUUUUGAUCAGGCAGGUGUGAGGACUAAUGUCGCGUUUGACUUCAAGGGGAACUGCUUGCAUUCGGAGACUCAGCUUGCUAUCGACUACAAGAACACGCUGAACUGGUCUGAUGAAGACACAGUGCAGCUGGAAAGCACCGUCUAUGGUGAACGCGCCAAUUUUGACGCUUAUAAUCGCGCAUUCAGCACGGUGUCUCCAGACGGAAGUACUACUCGACGAGAGUUUAACUUGACUGGCCAGGCCAAAUCAGUCAGCUGGGCACCUCCUAACUCAUCCCAAUCUUUCAAGCCCUACAUCAAAGAUGCGACCUAUUCUGUUAAUGGCCAAAGACUGUCUGUCAAUUAUGGCAACGGCUCGGAGACUCAAUACAAGUACGAUCCAAUCAGCCUCCAGUUGACGAAUACGAGAACAACUCGUGACGAUCGGACUGUAAUGCAAGAUUUGUUCUACAAAUACGACUGUCGAGGAAAGAUCACUUCCAUAGUGGAUGCAGCGCAGCAAGAUAUCUACUUCCGCAACGCAAAGAUCUCUCCUACACAGUCAUUCACGUACGAUGCGCUUGGACGGCUCGUUGAGGCUCGUGGCCGAGAACAAUUCGAUGCUGAUAAUGGCGGAGGGCAGAGCUUAAAGCCUUUCACAUCAUCACCAAGAAGCCGAGAUGGCAUCCCAGGAAAUGGCAGUCAGCUUUGCGAGUAUACUGAAACGUACAAGUAUGACCUGGCAGGCAACAUUGUGGAGCUGGGUCAUGCUGCGUCAAGUCACCCUGAGAUUGCAGGAUGGACAAGAAAGUACUCAUACAAUGAGCCAAGUUUCAUUGAUAACAAGGUCAUGAGCAACCGACUGAGUCAGACAGUUGUUGGCAACUCGACGGAAAAAUACGGGUACGACGAUGAUGCAGGCCGUCACGGAUGCAUGACUUCGAUGCCAGGCUUCUCGUCUCUGCAAUGGGAUUCUCACGACAAGUUGCGAUCUUGCUCAACCCAGAUUCUGAACAAUGGAACACCAGAAACAACCUGGUUUGUGUAUGAUGGGAAUGGAAAUCGAGUGCGCAAAGUGACCGAACGCGCAGCCCGUGGUGGAGCUCAACCAACCAAAAUAAAGCAGACCAUAUGCUUGCAGGCAUAUGAAGUAUACCGCACAUUCGCGGGUGAUGGGAAAACAAUACAGUUGGAGAAGCAGACAUCUCAUGUCGUUGGCGAUUUCCGCGUGGCGCUUAUUGAGUCCGACAGCAAAGGCAAGACGCUCGAGCGAUACCAGCUUGGCGGUAGUCUCGAGUUGGAUGACAAAGGUCAGGUCAUUUCAUACGAGGAGUACUCUCCCUUCGGCGCGACGACGUACCGCGCAUGUCGAAGUGAUGUUGAAGCGCCGAGUAAAUAUCGUUACGCCAGCUAUGAGAGAGAUGUUGAAACCGGGCUGGACUAUUGCGGUGCUCGAUACUAUGCUUCCUGGCUCGGGAGAUGGACUUCGCCUGAUCCAAUUGGGAUUGGGGAUGGUUUGAACGUGUUUGCAUACUGCGGAAACGACCCCAUCAAUUUUGACGACCAUGGAGGU